AUGCCGAAAGUAGUUUCAAGAAGUAUAAUAUGUUCCGAUACCAAGGAUCAAGAAGAAUAUAGCGAAGAGAAACCGUUGCAUAUUUAUUACUGCUUAUGUGGGCAGAUGACAUUGAUUUUAGAUUGUGCCAUAGAAAAAUUGCCUCUGAGAAAAAGAGAUGGUGCGCGAGUUAUCGAUGGAAGUAAACAUGCUCACAAAAUGACUUGUGAACAAGAUGAAGUUGUAUAUUUAAAACGUUCUGAAGGCAUAGAAAAACAAUAUCGUCAAAAAUGUAAAAAAUGUGGUCUCUUUCUUUAUUACAAACAUGAUCAAGCAACAAAUAUUGUAUUUAUUGUAAAAGGUGCAGUAAUUAAAAGUUCUGGUGAAGGUCCAAUGACAGAUAUAUAUAAUCAAGUAGCUAUUGAAAAACCCAAGAAAAUAAUGGUAACCAAACACACAAAAAAUAUGGGAAAAUUCAGUUCUGUUACUGUUUCUACAAUUGAUGAAGAAGAAGAUGAAAUUGAAGCAAGAGAGGUUGCUGAUUCAUAUGCUAACAAUGCGCGAAUAAUAGAAAAACAAUUAGAGAGGAAAGGAAUGAAUAAACGCAAAGCUAUGCCUCCCCCUGAAGCAGAUCCAAAGAGAGCAAGACCUCGGGGAACGUUAUUAGAUGUAUGA